GCUCCCCUAUGUCCAGCUCUAAGCAAGUCAGCACAGCUUAAAGCCCCGUAUACGAGAGCUAGCAAGAAGAGCACAGCUCCCUAGCAUUAGCCCCGUAUACGAGAGCUAGCUAGCACUAGCACUAAGGUUGAUGGAGCAGGUGACGAGGCUAGCGGCGCAGCGAGCGGUGGUGAUCUUCGGCAUGAGCUCCUGCUGCAUGUGCCACACGGUGACGAGCCUCCUCCGCGAUCUCGGAGCCAACCCGACGGUGGUGAAACUGGACGAGGACCCUAGGGGGAAGGAGAUGGAGAAGGCGCUGGUGAGGCUCCUAGGCCGGAAUCCUGCUGUGCCGGCGGUGUUCAUCGGCGGCAGGCUCGCCGGAUGCACCGACAAGAUCAUGUCCCUCCACCUCAGCGGCAAACUUGUCCCGCUUCUUCGUAAUGCAGGUGCUGUCUGGUUGUAGUGCAUGUGCAUAGGAGGGUUUUGUAGAUAUUCGGCCGCAUGCAGCUGACACGGGAGAAUAACUAGUAUAUACACGUAACACCUAUCCUACGUAUUCUGUCAUCUUGUAUCAGGUGAUGAUGAAGACUAAGCCAAAUGCUUGACCCCUUCUUUUCACUGAGGGGAAAAUAUCAUGCAUGGUUUCUGAAAUAGGAAGGACCCAAGAAUAAUGAAACUUGAGAUUCAGUCGUA